AACUGAAAUUUAUAACGCUAUCGAAUAAGUCGAAUUAUGUGGUGAUUUCAACUCCAUUCCCUCCCCUGGUUUCCCGGUCUGAAACACUAUGGCGCCAUCUCAAGAACCAAUAUCUCGCAACAAAACCCUAACUAUGGCAGUUGCAUAGAAUCGGUUAAUAACUUGAAAGCAAAUGGUGAAUUUGGGCUCCAAAGCAAUUCGGUUAUUUCGAUUUAGUCUCCUCUCAACCUCUUCUCCCCUCUCUCGAGUCUCCUUCAAACCUCCGGUAUGUACAUGCGGAUUAUCUUGUCAGGAUGUAAUAGCUUGGACGAGGUUGCACAGCACUUCUGCAUCAUUUACGGAAUAUGAAUGUGAUGAUGAAAUACCGGAUGAUGUCAAGGCAACUGAGAAACAUACUGCAUUGCGUGUGGCUUUGUCAAAGGUUGCAAGUGAUUUUGGUGAAGAGUCAAUGUUGUCGCCUCAGCAUUUCUUUGGUGCUAGACGUGCAUCUGUAGUUUCCACUGGUUCACUGAGGCUGGAUCAAGCACUUGGCAUCGGUGGGUUACCAAAGGGAAGAAUGGUUGAAAUUUAUGGGCAAGAAGCAUCUGGCAAGACCACGCUUGCUCUUCAUAUUAUCAAGGAGGCUCAAAAGCUUGGAGGUUACUGUGCAUAUCUUGAUGUGGAGAAUGCAAUGAACCCUUUAUUUGCAGAAUCAAUAGGUGUAAAUACAGAUAAUCUGCUUGUUUCACAGCCAGAUUCUGCUGAAAAUUUGCUGAGUAUCGUUGAUACAUUGACAAAAAGUGGAUCAAUUGAUGUAAUUGUGGUUGACAGUGUAGCUGCUCUUGUUCCUCAAAUUGAAGUCGAAGCUUCAACUUGUAGCCCCCCCACGGACCUACAAUCUAAAAUAAUGACCCAAGCACUACGAAAAAUUCAUUAUUCGCUCUGUCGUUCUUGUACUCUGAUUAUCUUUAUUAAUCAGGUAAGAAGAAAUUUGAGAUCAGACCAAGGCUCUAUUCGUGCUGAAGAGGUAACCUGUGGUGGGAAUGCCUUGAGAUUUUAUGCUGCCAUCCGAAUGCGAAUUAUCAGAAAAGGAUUGCUCAGGAAUGAGGAUAAGGUAAGACUUCAGAGUCUGCCCAUUGUCAAAUUACCAUCCUGUACGUGUCAAUUGUUGUAUUUCUUUGUGAGUUAAUUGUUUUUGAAUUUA